AUGGGUCGCCGGCAGCGAUUGAUCAGUACUUCGAUUCUACGAGCGAUAUUCAAGCCAAAUCCCGCGAAGGACUCCGACAAACGACCCUCGCUCCUCGCGCGUAUAUUCGCCUUCUUCCAAGUGUUCAAUCUCACUCUUUCGCGAUAUCGUGCCGCACUUUUCAAGAAGCUAAGAAACGAGAUAUGGCAAAUCGAGGAAGAGGAAUACACUGAGUCAUUCCGUUCGCCUAGCAAGGGGAAACGGACGGAUCUCGUCGCUGUGGGAGAUCUAGGAUAUUCAGGGUCGACAUUUUUUACGACACCAAAUUCGAAGUUCCUUAUCAAGUCUCUGCCGCGGCAUUUCGAGCAGUCAUUCUUCCGUACCCGACUCCUCUAUCCCUACGUUGAGCACAUGGAGCUCAACCCCACGUCCCUCCUAGUGCGCAUAACAGAUCUCUUAUACUCUCCCACACCGACUAUUGGCGCUGCGCUCGGAUCCGCCCCAGGACAUCACAUCAUUAUGGAGAAUAUUUUGUAUGGCAAGUCCAGCUGUGCGAAAGAUGAUCAAAAGAAGUGGGAAACGUAUGAUCUCAAGCCUAACGACUACUUCUACCCCGAGCGCGACAUCGCCGGCGGCAGGCUAGCACCGGAAAGCGUGAAGGAACGCCUGAUAGACGAGUUCCCCGACAAAGUUCGCGUGACAAUCGACCAGAAGGAGGAACUCGUCGCCCAGAUAUCAAGGGACACUAAGAUUCUCCAAGACUCGAAUGCGGUGGACUACAGUCUCUUCCUCGUCCGAUAUCCUGCAUCGAUGGCUUCGGCAGAGAACAGUAAAAUCCCCGUUCCGCCCGGGAGAGGAUCGUCAUGGCGCACCGGCCUUGUAUCCCGCGACAACAAAUGGAUCUACCGUGCCGUUCUCCUUGACUUUUUCUGGGCUAAAGAUGCGCUCCAGGCGCAGGCGUUGACUGGCUUGGUCAACUCCUUCAAUUUUUUGAAAUUCGGCAAGGACCACGGCCCAAUGAGCAUUACCACGACGACCGACGAGUACAGAUCGAGAUUCUUGAGCAUGGUUGAGACCAUUGUGGAGGUUCCAGAUAGUACGGGGCGACCAGCCGGAGAAGUGCGGAGUCCGCCGCCUGAAAGCGCUGGGCAGGCAUGA